GCAAUUUCCAAGUCUCUUUCAAUCAUCUCUAUGCACGCCAACAAGUCUCCUCGAUAGCCGCCAUAUUCUUCGAUCUCAUAGCAAAAGUACUUUAAGGUGUCUAUGAUGAGCAUGUCGUGUAUAACUUCCAAACCGUCACCACCGCUUGUAAGCUUCCCCGGGGGAAUAAACUUGGACCCCUUAUUUAUCGAUCCUCGGCGGCGAAAUGAGAAGGUGGUGAUAGUGGUUGGGGCCACCGGGACCGGAAAAUCAAAGCUGGCAAUCGACCUGGCCCGGCGUUUCCCGGCGGAGAUCAUAAAUUCGGACAAAAUGCAAGUGUAUAAAGGGCUGGACAUAGCCACCAAUAAGGUGACGGACGAGGAGCGCCGUGGAGUGCCCCACCACCUGCUAGGAGUGAUCGACGACCCGGACGAGGAUUUCGCGGCGGCGGAUUUCUGCGACCACGCAUUGCGCGCCAUGGAACUGAUCGCCAGGAAAGACCGCGUCCCCAUAAUCGCCGGCGGUUCCAACUCCUUCAUCAAGGCCCUGGUGCUCGACAACCUCGAGUUCCGGUCCAGAUACGAUUGCUGUUUCCUUUGGACGCAGGUUUCGUUACAAAUCCUGCAAAGGUUAGUGUCGGAGCGGGUGGACAAGAUGGUGAAAGCGGGGCUAGUGGAGGAAGUCCGGGAUUUCUUCGACCCGGCCAGCGAGGAUUAUUCGCGCGGGAUUAAACGCGCGAUUGGGGUCCCCGAGCUGGAUCAAUUCUUCCGGCACGAGAACCGCGUCGACAGAGAGACGAGACGGCGGAUUCUCAAGGCAGCCAUUCAGAACAUUAAAGCGAAUACCGGAGAGUUGGCUCGCCGUCAACUUCAGAAUAUUCUCAGGCUGCAAACCCAGUUGCCGUGGAACAUUCACAACCUUAAUGCCACCGAGGCAUUUGAAACCCGUGGCGGCGAUGAAUCUUGGGAAAGGCGUGUGGCUCAUCCCAGCACCGUCAUCGUAAACGACUUCCUUUCCCGAUCCAGUAAUAACUUCGCCGUCUCCCCCCCGCCGCCUCAGAACGGAGUUCUCACUGCCACUUCCGUGCUUGGAACUCCCGUGGCUGCCGCGGCUCGUUAGUUCUCUGAUAUGGUUUCCGUUUAACAGCGACUGGAAAAAAAAAAAUCAAACAUUCGCCUCAACGGAGAAAUUUUGGGUAUGGCAUGAAAUAUCCGGGGAACGCCAGUGUAAGAUAAAAUAAAAUAAAGAGAAAAUUGUAAUUUUUUGUCCU